AUGCGACCGUCAGCCGCAUUUGCUGCGGCUCUUUCGGAGGAGCCACUAGUAACCACCGAGAACGACCAGCCGCUAGACCGAUACGGGAACGGUAAGGGCUGGCGUGACUUCGGUUCGAAAGGCAAGGGGAAAUCGUACUUAAUGUCAUUUUUUUUUUAUAUUUCUCGACCCACACCCAAAGUUCAUCAUCAUCAUCUUACUGUAAGAUUAUAUUCAUAAAAGACAACCACGCAGGCGUACUUCUCAAACCACUUUUCGAUAUCUUUUCUCGAGGUGGUACAUCUAAUCUAUAUUGUAACUACAAAUAGAAAGCCGUUGAUGUUGCGUAACAUAACUGUAUUAUAUCGCAACACUUUUGAAAUUUCGUCGAUUGUCUUGCAGUAGAUGUAGAGACAAAGAUAAGAUGUGGGAGACUUCUCCCAGCAGUGACAAAGAUACGGACGACUGAAGGAUUAAAGUACUAGCACUCCUUAGUUCAUCCUCACUCGAUUACAAUUUCUAUGCAUUUCUUAUCGAUAAACCUUACUUCACAGCGGCCCGCUUCCUGACGACGCGUAUUUAGCGAAACUAGACGAGGGCAGACGCAACGCACGAUAUGAGUUCUCAUGGCUGUGGAGUGCGAGCCCCCCUCGUGGAGAUUCAGCAGCGGGAGGAGCAGUGAGUUCGUCGGCGGCCAAGACAGACCGCGACGACGCAGAAAGUAUUGCCAAAACACCAGGGGAUUGGACGGAAAGGAGAAAAAGUGGAGAUAGCAGCGACGCUGACGCUGAGCCAGAGAGGAGAAGCAGAAGAAAAAACAGUGGCGCUGAGGGUCAAGAUGAUAGCGACGAAGAUUCUGAUGUGAAGAAAGGAGAAGAUGACAAAGCUGCGAAGAAUAAGAAGCGGUCCAGGAGAAGAUACUCUGAUAGCGAAAAGCAAAUAUCCAAUAAGGGGUCAGAUGGUGACAGCGGCAGCAGCGAUGAUAGAAGGACAAAGAAUAGGAAAAAGGAGAAGAAGCACGCGGCGGCGAAAAAAAGCAAGAAGCGUGGAAAGUCAAGCAAGCACAAGAGGAAACGGAACCGAAGCGCGUCCUCUAGUUCUGAUUCAGAUGGCAGUAGCAAGUCCUCUGACUUCGAGAGGACAGCGGCUGGAGACGGUGACGACGAAGACCUGCUAGACCCACGGUUCGUACCCAAGGUUUUAGAUUGGCACGUGAAGGACUCUGUGACUUCCGAAGAAGCGCUUGCCGCGAGACGCGCGCGCAGUGGAAAAGGCGUCGGUGGAGGAGUAGAUGCAGAUGGGAACUUGAUAGAAGGUGGCGGCUCGCUGGAGUCCGAUAGCUCAGACCUUGACGAAAAUCCCGGACCGCAGAUGUCCCAGCAAGAGAAGAAUAUUGCAGGCCGCAACGCGGCCUACGGACACGCGUUACUUCCAGGAGAAGGGGCAGCGAUGGCGGCCUUUGUGCAGAACAAACAGCGUAUUCCGCGCCGUGGGGAAGUCGGAAUCACAGCGGAACAGAUUGAUGACCUAGAACACCUAGGGUACGUGAUGAGUGGUUCGCGACACCGCCGUAUGAAUGCUAUUCGUUUGCGAAAGGAAAACCAGGUAUACUCUGCGGAGGAACAACGUGCGCUGGCAUUGUUCAACUACGAAGAGAAGCAGCAGAAGGAACAAGAGAAUAUAGCGGAUCUCAAGUCUAUGCUCGCGAAGCGCCAAGAGGAAAUCGCAAAUGAGAAAACGCAGUUUGAUUCGCUAGCGAAAACAUUCGGGAAAGCAGACUGA